AUGCAAGGCCUUUUUCCGCCGAAAUGCAUUAAAAUCGAUGGCAUGCGCAAAGAAUGGAUAAUGACAGAUGAAGAAAAGCAGAUGAAAAAGCAAAAAAUCGAAACGAAUCGCCGUUUAAAAGAACUUUCAGUGAAUUAUCAGACUUAUGUUGAUAACUCGGAUCAAGCGUCAUCCGAUACAGUAUCUCCUGAUACAAAUGUUUUGCCACAAUCACUUUUCUCAGUGUCACUAACACAAUCUGAUUGGACUAAAUUGCAUGAUAUUCAAACAGCUUAUACAAAUGCAGUUAAAAUGAAUUCUGUUGAAGGUCUUCAUAGGUAUCCCUCAAUAGAAACAUUUUCCUCAACUGAUCAAUUGAUUAAUAUACCAACAAAUAUUGCAUCAUUACGUUUAAUAGCAUAUAUUAAACAAAUUCCAGAAUUUCAAACAUUGAAUGAAGAUGAUAAAGUGACACUUGUAAAAUACAAUAUACUAGCAGCAAUCUUUAUGCAUGGAGUUUUAAUUUAUGAUCCAUUAAAUGAUACAUUUCAUGAACAUAAUACAGAUGAUUAUCUAUUUGAUGCAAAAGAUUUUAUAACAACUAUAAGUUUAGAUUUUUAUCAACAAACAACAUAUGUUAUGAAAGAUUUAAUUCAAAUUGUGGAACAUGAUCGUAUGAUCGUUAAAAUUCUUAUUAUUAUUUUAAUUUGUUCAAAGGGUUUCUGUGCUUAUGAAUAUAUGCAAGAACCAAUAUUAAAUAAUACCAUAAAUGUCUAUAAUGUACAAAAUAUUUAUAUUGAUCUUUUAUGGUUAUAUUGUUCAAAUCAAUUUGGUUAUUGGAGAACAGUAAAUUUAUUUUCAAAAUUAUUAACAAGAUUUAUGUCAAUUCAAAUAUUAGCAAAAGAUAUGAGAACAAUUCUACAUCAUCAACCUAGUAUUGAUCAAAAAUUGGUGCCAUUGAUGAAGUCUCUUAUGUUACUUACAUAG